CCGAAGAAACCGAAGAGGAAAUCAGAAAUUUCACAACCGGAGACAUGAGUCGCAGGGACGUGGUGGCGAUGGUGUUCGCGUUUACACUGGUGACAUCCGUUCGCUUGCCUUUGUGUGUGGUGGGGGCAGAGGCGGAGAGGGAAGCUUGUUCCGAGAACCACGUCGCCACGCUGAAAUAUCCCUGUACCAAGGCAUCCGGGGAGACGUCCACGUGUUUAAGGAGGAAAUGUUGCAAGGGUUACAGAUUUGUGCUUGGCCAGUGUAUUCCCGAGGAUACAGAUGUCUGUGCCGGCUCACCCUGUGAACAGCAGUGCACCGACAGUUUUGGGCGUGUUGUCUGCACCUGUUACCCUGGAUAUCGUUUUGACCGAGAGCGACAUAGGAAUCAUCGUACGCCCUACUGCCUGGACAUUGAUGAGUGCUCAGUGCACAAUGGCACACUUUGCGAUCACAAGUGUGUGAACACACAAGGAAGCUACAGCUGUGAAUGUCGAGAAGGAUUCUACUUGCAACUCGAUGGCAAGUCCUGUCUCGGAGCUUUCAAUGGUAAGACUGAACUUUCCUUCUAUAGAACAAACAUUCGUAAGAACGUUAUCCAGCAUUUGCAGUACCUUCCUACCCAAAUGUCAUCUGCCCAUAUACUUCCACAGAUGCUGCCAGGCCCGCUGAGUUUCUCCAGCAUUUUUGUCUACCUUCGAUUUUCGUCCCGAAACGUUGCCCAUUUCCUUCGCUCCAUAGAUGCUGCUGCACCCACUGAGUUUCUCCAGCAUUUUUGUCUACCUAUUUUCUAUGUGUCUAUGUUUCUAAUAUUUAUUGCCGUGACCAAACCUUCUUCUCCCCAGCUGCUGCUGACAAACCUGGACAACUCCAGCGAAAAGAUACAGUCAAGGAAAUGCGCAGAAAGACUGCAGUGUGCACCACACAUAGUGGAUCAUCGUGGGGUGCCCGGACCUGCUGGUUCACCAGGACGCCCAGGAGAUCGAGGAAUGGUGGGGCCGGGUGGUGCACCGGGAGCCCCUGGACCACGGGGUCCCAGAGGCCACAUGGGUCUAAUGGGCCCCGCCGCUGAUCUGCUCUCCGUGAAGCGAGGGAGGCGAGGUCCAGUGGGUGCAACUGGGACUCCGGGGAAGAAUGGAAUGAAGGGAGACCGGGGACUGCCUGGCCCAAGGGGACUACCGGGUCCACCUGGGUCGUUUGAUUUCCUGCUGCUGAUGAUGGCGGACAUCAGACACGAUAUCAUCGAACUGCAGGAGCGGGUGUUUGGGGAACGGCGGGGAAUCACUCUCGACACGCUGCCCUGGGACUCACAAGACAUGGGGUCUGGCCACGAGGAGACCAUUCCCACAGAGUCUUCCAGUCCCAACAGGUGACCACAUCUCCUCUGCUCCACCCUGCGCGGAGCCAUGGCCUCAUUGUAUUCUUCUGAGAGUUAGUCAGAUCAAUCAAUAUCCAUGGAUCGAUCGUGCCACAAACUACUUGUCGGAACAGAGUGAAUGUACCACGCUUUGCUGCCACAUGUUUCAAAGAGGGAAUGUAACCUGCAUUGAUCCCACUGACAGACCAGUUUUUAUCACUCUAUCCUCUAUUGCAUACCUCAACCAUUAACAACAUCAUGCUUCUUUACAAAGAUUCACUGUGUAUCUUCAUAAGUUUGUGAGUCAUGGGAGCAGAAUUAGACCAUUCGGGCCAUCGUGGUUGAUCAAUUUCCCCCCAUUUUCCAGCCUUCCCCCCAUAAAGGGCCUGUCCCACCAGCAUGCGAUAGCGUGGUCCCUUGAGGCGUACAGCCGCGCGGUCCCACUGCGAACCGCGGAGGCGUAUGGAGCUGUGUGGGGCUGGUCCCAACAUCGCACGGGGCUCCGAAAACCCCACACUGUCCGAAGACUCCGCACGCUAACGGGCUGUCGGCCCACAGGCGCAUUGAGGGCGUACGCAGCUUCUUGACGGCGUACGCAUAGCGAGUGGCGUUGCACGAUGACGUCACAGCCCGGCGCCGUGCGACGACCAAAUUCAGUCGGCUCACCUCCUGCCCAGCUGAUUGGUGUGUAUGACGUAAAUUACG